CGAGAAGUCCGACAAGGCAAAAUAGCAGGAGAAAGAAACAACACUUUUUUGUUGAGCUAGUAGACCAAAAUGCCAGACGUGGCGGCGGACGCCAAAGCGGCGGAGCAGCGGCAACCGGCAGAAGUACUCGUCCAACAGCCGGGUGCAGCAGCUGCCCGCAUGUCCACCCCGUGCAUGAUAUUCAGCGAGGUGUUGCAGGCGCUGGUGCACACGGGCAGCUACGUGUUCUAUGUUUUGGUCUACAAACUCUCCACACAGGACCCGCACGCCGUCGAAAAUGAGAAUGCGCCUGGAGCUGGUGUAACAGCACCAACGACGACCACCACAAACACCUUCCUAGACUGGCGGCUGAACUUCCAGGCGCCACUGUUUCUCAACGUGUGCGUGGCCACACACGUGUUCUUGGUGACCAGUCUGUACCUGCUGUUCGGCAAUGCGUACAACUUCACCAUUACCCCGGGUCACAAGAGUUACGCCAUUAUCCUGUGCAACAGUAUCGUACUCGUAUUGCAAUCAUGCAUUACAAAUUUUUUUCUCAAGGUAAAUGCGCAUUGCAAAUUUCAUUUCUCAUGCUGAGGGAAUUAUUUGUCAUGCAUUUAUACAACGAGUGCGAUGCUUUUGCAUUUGAUAGCCAUGUUCAAGCAGCAAAAGAACAGCUUUCUCGGCCUGCCGGUUUCGCUGCUGGUGGCGAAUGUGAUGCUGAACGUGCUCUCGGGGUUCAGCUACCUGUCCUGUCUACUGUACCUCCCAGUGUCCGUGGUGGAGCCCGUCAUGAUGGUCGGGCCGGCCGUCAGCAUCGUCGUCACCUCGGUCCUGCAUAUCAAAUUCAAAUGCAAAUAUGUCUGGGUCUGGAAUAAACUUGUGAUGCAAGAAAGGGGAGUAGAGUGAGCGCACUGUAAUUAUGCGCUGCCCCGCAUGGCAACGUUUUCCGUGGUUCAGAGUUGCGUAACCCGCAUGAGAAACUGCGUUUUUGCAAAACAGAUAGGAAGAGCUCUACUUCGCGGGCACGACGCAAUACAGAGUUCAGAGUCAUGCCAGACUAGCAUGACAAAUCUCGCAACUUCCCAGACCCAGACAUGUUUGCAGUUCAUACUGCAGCCCAACGUGCAGUACAACCGGUGGACCUGGGCUAUGGCGUUCUCAACUCGGUUACCUUCUCAACUGUUGCAUGAUUUGUCAUGCAAAAUGAGCAUCAGCAUCCACACGGUGAAGCUACUUCGCAUGACAAAUUUUGGAAUUAGAGCCAAACAGGAUGGGAACAAUCUGACUCUGGCAAUAAAUUUCUAAUGCAAGAGUUGCAAGCUCCGUUCCUGCAUCACAAAUUCAUGUAACAGUUGAGGAUGUAUACAAUUGAGAAUCCCAUAUGACCUUCCGUCUUGCCCAUCGUGCUCGGCGGCAUGUUCGCGGCCGGCGCUGGGUCCGGACUCAGUGAUUUCCAGUAUCAAAUGCAAAAUUGUCCGGGUCUGGAACAAAGCAACUUGUCAUGCUAAAUCUGGAUCAUGUAAAAAUCUGUGUUGCAUGAUUACCAAAAGGUGUCCACUUUUGACCUAAUCGAGAGGGAGUUUCCCAUGCAGGAUAGGCAUGAUAGAACUCUCACAGAAUCUGUCAUGCUAUGUCCUACAUACCAGACCUCAUGGGUCGUGAAAAACCUGCAUGACAAGUCUGGCAUCCUUCCAGACCCAGACAUAUUUGCAGUCGAUAUUCAGUCGGACAACGCAAUCGCUCCCGGAGGAGGUGCGGCCCCCGCCGCGACGACCUCCGCCCCAACCGCAACAUCCACCCCUGCGGGUGCAGAAGCGAUGGUCGCCGGUCGCAAGAGUACUUCUACAACAGCCGCCGUCCUCGGGGUUGAUACUACGAACGUGGAGCAGCAGUCCAGUUUUUUGCAUCUGUUACUAGCCGCAGCUACGGGAACAACAGCAAGCAUGCUCCCUUCUACUUCCUCCGAGAGAAGUGCCGGUGCCUUGGCCGCCGCGCGUUUCCCCAUAGCCGGUCCGUCGGCCAGUUUUUCCCUGGGCAUCAUCUGGAGCAUAUCCUAUGUAAAAACGCCCCUACCCCAAAGUCUAGAUUGGGAAAUGGCUAGACAAAUCCACAAGCUUUGGCUGUCUUGCAUGACAAAUUUGGACUCGUAUUGUAGUGCUGUUUGAGCUAGCUCAGUAGCAUCACAGAUCUAGUGCAUCAUGCUGAUUGGAGCAUGACAAAAUACGAAGCACGAACAGAAAAUGCUUCUCAUGGGGUUCCGCAUGAGAAACAUUUUCAGCAGGCAGAUUUGCAUUACAACUAUCGGGUGGGGACGUUUUUAAAUACGAUAGAGCAUCGUAGCGGUUUUGUCCCGCGCGUUCCGGAUCAUCAUCGUGGAUUUGGUGCAGGGCAACUACGAAAAAAACCUCACCGAAAAACAACUGCAGCGAGCGACUGAGGGCCAGCAGGAGGAAAACGAAAUUUCCCCGCUCCUGGUGAAGAAGCAAUCCUCGAAGACGGGAACAAUUCCGCGCAACUCCACUCUGGACUCCAUCGGGGAAGACGAAGUCGCGGCCGAAAACCCGCAGCAGCCCCCGGCGGCCAAAGUAGAACUGACGGCCGCGGACGCGCAAAGUAUCAAGAUGCCCAGCGCCGUGCGCACCCUGCAGCUGAUCUUGCCGUUUAACUGGUGCUGCUACCUUUUCUUGUCCUUUCUCAUGGAGCACGAGGACGGAGUUGGGUCCGCGUGGCUACCCUACAACCGGGUCCAGCAGCUCCUGGCGGAAGAUUCGGCGCUGAAGCAACAGUACCCGAACAUGAAUUUCCCGAACUUUCUCCGGGCAAUCUUCUGCAUCGGGAUCGGGUCCGCCUUGUGGCUGCUCACCGAGUUUCUGCUCAUUGACGCCUGUGGCUCCUACACCUAUCGAAAGGAAAAAUUCCCCCUCCCCAUAUUGAAAACGCACCCUCCUGAAAAUUUGUGUUGCAGAUUUGUGGCCACAAAUCCGGUUUGUCAUGCAAGAAGGCGAAUUGAGGCUGUCCGCCGCGUUAUGUAGGCGAUUUGUAAUGCCGUAAGGCCUCCAGGGCUGACGUCUGCCAUGCUAGGUGCCUACAAUAAGAGGCCCCUGUCCAGGCUUGCGAUCUGCGUGCAUUGCUCUUCUGCAAGACGAAUUUGAUUUGUGUACAGAAAUCCCGCAUCACAGAUUUCCGUUUUGAUAUAGGGUGGGGGGAUUUUGCAUUUUGAUAACACCUGCUCCAUCUUCGCCAAUCUGAACCGCUAUCAAAUGCAAAUAUGUCUGGGUCUGGAACAAAGCAACUUGUGAUGCUGCCUUUGGACUCUACAUAAAAUCUGUGUUGCAUGAACAGCAAGAGAGGUGUAAUUUGUGCCACGCGGAGAGGGCAUUUCUCAUGCGGUAUGAGCAUCAGAAAGCCCUCGCAAAAUCUCUGAUGCUAGGGCAUGCAUCACAGACCUCACGGGUCAUGCAAAAUCUGCAUGACAAACUACUGCAUUCUUCCAGACCCAGACAUAUUUGCAGUGCAUAACCGCAUGUGCUCCGCAAUUUUUGCCGUGCUGCUGCUGCACGAACCGGUGACGAAACUGCAGCUCUUCGGCGCGUACCAAAUGCAAAGAUGUCUGGGUCUGGAAGGUUGCAACUUGUGAUGCUGUCUUUGGAAGGUAAAAAAGAUCUGUAUUGCAUGACCAGCAAGAGGAGUUCAGUUUGUGCUACGCGGAGCGGGCGUUUCUCAUGCGGAAUACGCAUCAGAAGGCCCUUUAAAAAUCUGUGAUGCUAGGUCAUGCAUUACAGGCAUCAUGCUCAUGCAUUAUGCAAAAUAUGCAUGACAAACCUGGCAAUCUUCCAGACCCAUGCACUUUUGCACUUGAUAGCGCGGGCCUGCUCGUGUUCGGGAUGGGCAUGAAAUUCACGCUUGGGGACGCAGUGAAUGUGGCUACGGCAGCGACGCCGGCGGCGGACGAGGAACAGGCGGGGCGGCUGCCCGUCCCCCCGCCACUUUAUGCAAAGAAAAAAGUGCUACACUGACACGUUGUGUUGCAAGACAUAUGCAAGACGAGCAACCUCUGUCAUGCGCGAGAUGCUUGCGAGCCUCGUUUCUUGUCUAUAUGUAUUUUGCCUUAUGAUCUCUGACUCUGCAUGGCAAGUUUUCAUCUCAUCUGUCAUGCAAGGCAAUUUUGUGAUGCUGAAUUCACUACAAACGUGUGUAACUGUAACACUUUUUUCCUUUGAUACGCUUUCCCGGCUGCACAGCGCGGAGCUCAGUCGCGAGGACAUCAGUCGGCAGCUCUUAUCAAAUGCAAAAAUGUCUGGGUCUGGGAGAUUACAAGAUUUGUCAUGCAUAUUUUGCAUGAUCCAUAAUGCCUGUAAUGCAUGGCCUAGCAUCACAGAUUUUGAUUUUUAGAGCGCUUCCUCAUGCCUAUUCCGCAUGACAAAUGCCAUCUCCGCAGAGCACAAAAUCUACUCCUCUUACUGGUCACGCAAUACAAAUUUUUUUCGAACCCAGAGACAGCAUCACAAGUUUAGAAUCUUCCAGACCCAGACAUUUUUGUUUUUGAUAGCUCUCGCUGCGCCGCGACAUUUCCGCGUUGGGCGAUAUGGGAGUGUCAGGAUUGAAAUCGACAAAGUUGAGAUGACUUGUAAUGCAUAAAAUCGAUACGCGUUGGAACUGGAAGUCCAAUUUGUAAGCAGUGCAUGACAAAUUUCGGCACCGUCUAAAUCCAGGUUGUCAUGUUGUUUAGGGACAGACGGCGUCUUCUGUCAUGCUAGUUUAGCCUGUCAUGCUAGUUUAGCAGCUUUAUCACAGAUCCCAAACAGGCUGACAGUCGGCCUCACUUGGCAUUCCUGCAAGAGAGGCACUUCAUGCCUUGCAAUCUACUAUGCAUGAAAAAUUAUUUCAACUUUGACGAUUUCAGUCCUGACGCUUUCAUAGGCGACGUCGGGGCAGACGCGGUGCUUCCGAUCCCGCAGGCCCUGGACGUGGUGGAAAGGCUGACUUCGGAGAGGGCGCUGGACCGACAACGCAGUUUGUCGCGAAACUUUAUCAAAUGCAAAUAUGUCUGGGUCUGGAAGGAUGCAAGGUCUGUCAUGCACAUUUUGCAUGACUCGUGAUGGCUGUGAUGCAUGCCCUAGCAUCACAGAUUUUGAUUGUGACGGCUUCCUGAUGCCUAUACCCCAUGAGAAAUGCCCUCUCGGCGUGGCAAAAGCUGGACCUCUUUUGCUGUUCAUGCAAAGCAGAUUUUUGUAGAAUCCAAAUGUAGCAUGACAAGUUGCAAUCUUCCAGACCCAGACAUAUUUGCAAUCCAUAAACUUGUCCUUACAGCGAUCCGCCAGCAGGUCUAUCCUAUGUAAAAACGUCCCCACCCCAGUCACGCAAUUCUGCAUGCUCAAAAUGUUUUUCAUGCGGAGCCCCAUGACAAGCAUUUUCUGGUUGUGUUUUGGAAUUUGUAAUGCUGCAAUCAGCAUGAUGCGCUAGGUCUGUGAUGCUGCUGAACAAGCCAAACAGGGUUAUACACUACGAGGCCAAACCUGUCAUGCGCAACAACCAAAGUUUAACCUGGCUGAUUUGUCUAGCAGAUUCCCCAUCUUGGCUAUCAGGUGGGGACGUUUUUCCUCAGGAUAAGGUCCUCCGGGUCUUCGCCUGCGGUUCCGCGCCAGUACUCUGCAGUGCGGUUGGACGCGUGAAAACGAAAAGGGAUGCUUUUUAGACGAGAAGACGGGCCGGGAGAAGAAGGAUACUGGCAACUACCAUGAAAUUCAAACUCUGUUCUCGAAAAAAUAUGAAUUAUUCGAGAAAGAAAGCUUGCGUCAGUUCCAGUUCUACUGCGCCGGAGGUGGUCUUCGCUAGCAGGGCUGAUCCUGACACUUUGUUUACUCGAUAACAGUUUGACACUACACUUAUUUUAUUUCAAUAUCUUGACACCUAUGCAAAAAUAUCUUGACACUUAAACUUAUUUUCAAUUUCAAUAUCUUGACACUUUGAUUCAAUAUCUUGACACUUACGCAGUUCUUAUAUCUUGACACUUCUCACACGACUUUGAUAUUCAAUUAUUACCUCGGCACCUCAUGACAAAAUCGUGUUGACCGAUCUAAUAUCUCUGGUGCUAAAAAAAAGCAACGAGCAGUAGCUCGCACGUAGUUUCAUUUAUUGUACCAAAACAAAAUGCAACACUGUACCAAAAGAUGAAAGCCCCCGUCUGAUACCUCGAGUACGAUAUAGUGCACUGACUUGUUUAUCUUAUCGGGUGACAACGUCCAAGCGGCAGCGGAUGAAUCCCAAAAUUGCAACUGUAUUUUGCUACUUAUUUACACCUACGUAAAGUAAAAGUGUUGUAGUAGCUGCUUAAAAAACAGCUAGUACACGUGGUAGGCUCUUCAGAGCAACCAUUCAAAGAAUGAAUUUUGCGCGGAGGUCUCGCGAAAAAAUUAGAACAGCUUGUUUUCCAGCUACUUCUCCGGAGAUAGUAAACAAGCCUGUUUUCCAAGAACUACUUUCUUGCGCUUCUUGUCGGAGAACAAGAAGCACGCAGCUGUAGUAAGUAAAUCUUCGCUGAGACACGGCAACGUGGGCAGAAUGACUUUGAACGACGUAAAUGCAAUUGUAGAAUAGAAACCUUCGAAAACAAAUGCAACUGUAUCAUAAAGGAAGACCGACCUAUGACGCAGUGAUUGUUUUUCGUCUCUUGUAUACAGUUUGUUGGAAAAAUAGGAAAAAAAGUAUUUGUAGCGUAAGGCAGGGG